CUUUACUCUACAUCCAUCUUGUAUCGCGACCUCCAACUCCUCCCUCCUCCCCCCUCUCGCAGGCGCAACUCGGCACGUAGCAACCAGGUCAAACACACCGAUACCGCUACUGCUCAGGAGCUGCUGCCGAGGCACCUUCCUCCAUCUGCUCUCCCCGACUCAAAAAACAGCGCCUCGAAUCACCAUGGCCGACAUCGACGCAGCAGACCGCGUCAUUACGCUCGUGCACGACGGCGAGCAGCUCGACGUUCCACUCGACCUGCUCGGCGACCCCGAGUACGAGGACAUUGCCCAGGCGCUCAAGGGUUUCAAUGCGGAGUGCCCGACAUGGACAAAGAUUGCUCGCGAGCACUGGCGCGCCGGACGGCUCAACAAGACCGAGGAGCUGCUCGUCGAGGGUAUUGAAUUCUUCGCCCAGGCCAGGCCAGUCGACCACUUCGCGCUCGUCAACCUCUACGCCAUGUUCGCGCACCUGCAUCUCGCGCUUGCGCGGACGGCACCGAAGACCAUCUCUCCAUUUGCCAAGUACGAUGUAAUCCCGCAGGGCACGAGAACAAAAGACGAUCACUAUAUCGCGGCGACACAGCAGCUGGAGCGUGCCGAGGACGCGCUUCGCUCAGGCGGAGCUGGCCCCGAAGACGAACCCAUCAGCGUGACCAUGGCCAAGAUUAUUCUCUACCUUGCCCGUGGACAGCCUGCUGUCGCCGCUCCUUUCGUCGACAGAUUGUUGCAGAGACAGCCAAACAACCUGGCUGGACUUACGGCUCAUGCCCGCCUGCAAUUCUCCAGGAGGCAACACGACGCAGCUUUGGUGACAUAUCAGAAGAUGCUGCAGCUCAACCCGGACAUGAGCCCUGAUCCGCGUAUCGGUCUCGGCCUCUGCGCAUACGUCCUUGGCGACAAGGAGCGUGCACGUGCAGCAUGGACCCGUGCACUUCAGAGGGAUCCCGGAGCUUACGCACCUCGUCUUCUCCUUGGCUUGUCGUCAUUGAACUCUGCCCGCGAACCGUCAUUCUCGAUGGCUGACCGGUUGGCGUACGAGACGGAGGGCGUGGCCAAUGUACAGGCGGCGUUCAAGAUUAACAACAAGAACACUGCCGCUGCCCUCGCUCUCGCCACGAUCACCGGCCAGGCUGGCAAGGUGGAGGUUGCUUCCAAGCUGGCGGAGCGUGCGAUCCAGUACUCGGACAACAAGAGGAGUACUGUUCUUUCCAAUGCGGAGCGUGGUCGCCUGGGAUUCAUCGCCGGGGAUGUCGCCGACGCCGGAAAGUUUAUCGCUGCUGCCAAGGCCGAGAACCCACAAGACGUCAACAUCAUCGCCGAGUUGACCCUCGCCCAGAUUGCUAUCAAGACUGGCAACCUGCGUGAGGCCCUCAACUUUGUGGAGCAGACCGCCAAGCGUCUGGGUGGCAAGGGCCCCUUCGAGUUUUCUGUCCUGCACGCGUCGCUGCUCGCCUACCCACAUCUCGGUAUGCCUGCCGACGAGCAGGCCCGCAACAAGCUCACGGCUCGCAACAUCCUCUCCGAAAUCCAGAACGUCUUCACUGCUGCCACGACCGAGGAGGACUGGGCCAAGCUGCGCGGUAUCGCCAGCGACGCCGACACCUUUGUGGAGCUGGCCAAGCUCUGGCAGGAUGAGAGCGUGGAGAAGGCAAUCACUGCCUACCAGAGCGCCAUUUCGAUCAAGGCCGACGCGGAGGAGGUGGACGAGUCGCAGGGCCAGUCUCAGGACAAGCCUGUCGACUACCCUGCUGUGCGCCUGUCGGCCAACCUUGCUUCACUCUUCUCGUCACAAGGAGCGACUGAGGUCGCCGAGGAGCGGUACCAGGAGGCCUUGCACCAGCUCAAGGACGCCACCACCAAGGAGGCGGACCAGCUCAAGACGGUGCUGGCGUACGACCUGGGCCGUACCCAUGAGCAGGCUGGCGAUGUGGUCAAGGCGUCAAAGUGGUUCCGUGAUGUGCUGCAUCAGCAUCCCGAGCACGUUGAGUCCAAGGUUCGCCUCGCUGCCCUUGCCGCCAGCGCUGGUCGCAAUGCCGAGGCCAACAACCUGCUCAAGGAGUGCUUGCAUUCCGACGAGGGCAACGUCGCAGUUCGCUCCGUGUACACAAAGUUCUUGAUCUCCAUCGGCUCGUACAGAGAGGCUCACCAUUUCGCGACUCAAACGCUCAAGUUCGGCCACGAUGUGUACACGUUCACUGCUCUUGGCUGGCUUCACUUUACGCUUGGUCGCGAAGCUAAAUCGUCUGCCGAGCUGGCCGACAGGCCAAAGCAGUUCCUCCGCAGUGCUGAGGCAUACGAGCGUGCACUCAACAUCGACCCCACCAAUGCGGUCGCCGCCCAGGGCCUGGCUAUCGCUCUGGCAGAGGACACACUCACUCCCAAGGCACUUCAGCCGCCUCAGGGGAGUGCGGAGGAGGCGAAGCUCCGCGCACGGCUUGCAGGCCAGGCCUUGACAGUGUUUGGCCGCAUCAAGGACUCUCUUCCCGAGGGAGCUGUCAACGUGAACAUUGGUCACUGCUACUUCCUCAGGGGCGAGGAGGAGCGCGCGAUCGAGGCUUACGGUGCGGCUCUUAACUCUGCCGGUGGUGGACGCAAGUCUACUCUGCUACUCUACCUCUGCCGUGCCUGGUACGCGUACGCAAACAAGGAGUCAAACUUCUCGGCCAUGAGCCAGGCGCUGUUCUACGCGACGAAGGCACUGCAUGUCCUUCCUAGCGACCGUGCGAUCCUCUACAACAUUGCCAUGAUCCAGCAGAAAGCUGCUGAGAUCAUGCUCUCGCUCGACCCGUCGAAGAGGACGCUGAGCGAGCUGCAGCUCGCACUCAAGAACGCCCAGGACGCCGUUGGCAUCUUCCGCUCUCUGGCCGAUGACAAGAGCGGUCCCUUACCCUACGACGCCGACAUGGCCGACCAGCGUGCUCGCUACGGUGAAGGUCUUCUCCGCAAGGCACCAGAACAGGUCGCCAAACAGGAGGCGUUCGAGGGCGAGACAGCUGCACGUGUUGAGGAAGCACGCCGUGUCCGUGCUGCGGAGCAGGAGCGCAUCAACGAGGCCGCGGCCAAGCGUCAAGCCGAGAUCCAGGCCAAAGCUGCCGAGCUUGCCGAGCAGCGCAAGGCUGCACGUGACGAGGCCCGCCAGUGGCAGGAGGAGAUUGAGGCACGACGGGUCGAGGAGGAAUCGCGCAAGGAGAAGCGUGCCGAGCAGCGCAAGAAGCGCAAGGACGCGGGUAUCGUCGACGAUGACGACGUCGACGGGGAGGAUGCCGAGCGGCCACGCAAGAAGAAGCGCAGCAGCAAGAAGAAGAAGCAGAGGAAGGACAGCGACGAUGACGACGAUAUGGAGGUCGACUCGGACGACGCGGCGCCGACUGGUGGUGACGGCGAGGGCGAGGGCGACGAGGAGGAUGAGGGCACAGCCCGCCGUAGGACGCUGGCGCUGUUGAAGUCGAAGGUGGGUGCUGUGGGAGGAGAGGAAGUUAGCGGACUCUGGCAGAAGAAGAAGCAGUCGUCACGGCGACGUGAGGACCCGGAUGACGACGACACUGGCGGCCGGGGGCGUGGCGGCAAGCAGUUCAAGUCCAAGGCUAUCAUCGAGGACUCGGACGACGACCUGGACGAGGAUGCCGGCGAGGACGCUGGCGAGGCGGCAGCCGGUAACGGUACGGGCGAUGUUAGCGGCGCAGAGGACAACACCCCCGCGGGGGUGCAGAGCGAGGACGACGACGAUGAGUAGACAGUAUAGCAUCUAUGAAGAGCACGGCGUUAUCGCCCUACGUU